UUAGUUCAGCUCAACAUGUUUAAACUAAACACUUUCUUUUGGUUCGCGUUCGCAUUAAUUGUUUGGGAUGCAUGUGCAUCCCAGGCUAAAUCCUUGGACGAUAUCCGAGCCGAAAGCCCACUUGGGUGGAUGGGUAUUUCUAAUUCGCGAGACCAAAAAUCUGUUAAAAAAAUCGAUAUAGAGGACUUCAAGGAGAAACUUGGCAGGUUGCAAGCUCAGCAGGAGGACAUCCAGAAGGAAUUGGCAACUCAACAGGAUACGCUGAGUUAUCUGAAGGAAGGGCUGAAUUCUCUAAAGGAAAAUGGUAUGAAGAAGAUAGAGGACCUGACGGCAUCCUUACUAGAUAGGUUUGAAAAACAGCAGAAAGACAGCCAGACUAAGAUGGAAGCACAGGACCACGAGUGGGAAAAAUUUAAAAUUCAGCAAGAAGUGGCCAAGAAAAUGUCAGAAGUUGCUCAAGAAAAACAGAAAAAGAUGGAAUACCGAAUAAAAACCUUUAUGAACAAGAUGGACGACCUGCAUACAUACAUAGUUGACAGGAUGGAAAAGCAUGAGAAAGUCUCCCAGACCAAGAUUGAGGCGCAGGUGCCUCAGGAGCGGGAAGACGAAGAAGUAGAGCAUAAAAUAAAAAAUUCAGACAAUUACGCCGACGAUCAGGAAGAGCGGGAAAAAAGGGUGAAGGAAAUUACAAAGGAAGUGUCCAAAGAUUCCGAAGAUAAGCAGAUGAAAGACCAAGAAGUAGAGCAGAAUAUAGAACUCGUGGACGGUUUCCAGAUGGAAGACGAAGGAGUAGAGCUUUCCACAUCAACCACCCAAAGACAGCCAGACCAAGAUGGAAGCACAAGAGCAAGAGUGGAGGAGCGGGAUGAGCAGGAAGACGAAAUAGAGUAUUCAGGCGACUACGACGGCCAUCAGGAAGAGCGGGAAGAAAGUGUGAAGGAAAUUACAAAGGAAGUAGAGCAGAAAAUAAAUAUUCCAAACGAGGACGAAGAGGAAGAGCUUUCCACAUCAACCACCCCGAUCAGCUUCGAAAAAAUUGGUUCGAGACUUUUCUAUAUCGAGCCCAGUAAUGAAUUAAAUUGGUACGAAGCUGAAAGCUUCUGCCAAGAUAAUGGAGGUCAUCUUGCGGCAUUCGAAAACUUUGAAGAAUAUCAGGCCGUCCGAGCGAAAAUCCGGUACUUUGGUUUAUACUGGAUUGGCAUCAAUGAUGAAGCCGAAGAAGGCGUCUUCGUAACAUCGACCUCAGGAGAGCCAGCACCUUUUUUGAAAUGGUACAGAAACCAACCCGAUAGUGCCGGCGAUGAGGAUUGCGUUCAGAUUUACGGCUAUCUUGAUGGAAUGAACGAUAAUAUAUGUAGUAAAAAGAUGUUAUUCAUUUGCCAGGCAGAUGAAAUAGCAAAUUAACAAUUGUAAUACAAUAAUAGAAAUUAUUACCAUUGUAAAACGGUCAUUUUAUAUAGUUUUGCACAUUCAUUUUGUUAACAAAAUUCCCAAACUAUGGUAAAUACAGAAAACUUGAUGAAACACAAAUAAAUCAUGUUGAAAAAAAUAAAAA